AUGUGCGAGGCGGUGUCGAUGACGUUGUUACUCCUAAUUGACGUCACAGCUACGCGAAUCUGCUCCCCACUUCUCAUCAUCUGUAAAAGCGACAAGCAUCAUUCCCUUUUCAUGCCAAUUUCCAUAAUCUCCAACUCUCCAACAGUUCAUCCAAAGGUAAUAUUUACAUCUCUGCUAACACAUCAAUCUCUCGCAAACAUGUCGGCCAAAGGCGGUGAAUUUCAGCCCGUGAAGGAGGCACAGGCCCAGAACCUUCCAGGCCUCGACAAGAACAUGAAGCCAGAAAGCGAAUCCACCAAACUUGAGGGCAAGGACCAACUGCACGAAUACAAGGGCUCGGGAAAGCUCAAGGGGAACAAGGCUUUCAUUACGGGGGGAGACUCUGGAAUCGGACGUUCAGUAGCGGUGCUGUUUGCCCGCGAAGGCUCAGAUGUCACGAUAGUCUAUCUCCCCGAAGAGCAGGAGGACGCUGAAAAGACGAAAAAGCUCGUGGAAGCCGAGGGACAGCAGUGCUUGCUAUUUCCGGGGGAUCUGAUGGACGCUGAGACGUGCCGCAAGGCUGUUCAGGUCCAUGUUGACAAAUUCGGCAAGAUCCACGUGCUCGUCAACAAUGCCUCGAAGCAAAUCAUGUGCCAGGAUAUCACCGACAUUGACCUCGAGAAUGUGGAGAGCACAUUCCGGAGCAACAUUCUGCAAAUGUUUGCCAUCACAAAGUAUGCUGUGAAGCAUAUGGAGAAGGGCGGCUCAAUCAUCAACACCACAUCGACCGUUGCCUUCCGUGGAACAGGUGCCAUGGUCGAUUACGCGGCAACAAAGGGGGCUAUCGUGUCUUUUACUCGGUCACUCGCCAAACAGCUCAUACCCAAGGGCAUCAGGGUCAACUGCAUCGCCCCGGGACCCGUUCACACCCCCUUGCAGCCAGCUUCACGACCAGCUGAGGACAUGGAGGGUUUUGGAGAGAAGUAUGCCUUGGGACGACCCGGUCAGCCCAGUGAGGUUGCACCCAGCUUUGUGUUUUUGGCUAGCAAGGAUGCGGAGCUGUAUUACGGCCAAGUGCUUCACCCGUACCCAUUGGGGGAUUAG